CAACUGUCAAACGAAAUGUCAAAAUAAGAAAUACGCGGGCGAAUUUCUCAUAGAGCCCCACGUUUUCUCGUCUCAUUUAUUUAAGUUUACUUACUUAAAUUGUAUUAUUUAUAAGUGUAAAUAUACUUUGUGUUGCUUAAUCUUUACAUUACUGUCAAAAUCAAAGAGAUUACAGUGCCUGCGCGAGUACGUGUAUUGAUUUUUCAAGUAUUGAUUUUCUCGAGCACGGUAUUAGAUGGCUAGACAUAAGGUGGCUGCUGUAGAGGUUCACGCUGAAGAUGACGACAUUGAUCCGGAUGAUUGCUUCGGCAUCAGUGUUGAUCUCAUCGACGAGCGAUUAUACUUAGGAAACUUGGCAUGUGCAAGAGACUACAAAUCUCUGGAGCAGCUACAGAUUACACACAUCCUCACCAUAGACGUGGUGCCACUGCCUCGGUCUAUACUGGAGCGAGCCAACCUUGUAUUCCAUUAUGUUAAAAUGGCUGAUGUGCCAAAGGAGGAUCUAAUAAGCCACCUGCCUGAGACCAACAACUUCAUCAAGCAAGCUAUUGCAGAUGGAGGAACAGUUCUGGUACACUGUCACUUUGGAGUGUCCCGGUCAGCAGCAGUAGUAAUAGGCUUCAUUAUGGAGAAGUAUGGAUUAUGUUAUGAAGAUGCAUUUUCCCUAGUGAAGAGUAAAAGAAGGUUUGUGGGCCCAAAUGUGGGGUUUGUAGCCCAACUGAAGUUGUUUGGGCAUAUGGGAUACACAAUCAAUAGGGAUGAUCCACGGUUUAAACAGUUCCGAUUGAAGUUGGCUGGACAGAAAUUAAAAGAAGUGAAGAUCUUGCCCCAGUUGUUUGCGGACCUGGUGAAGCCAGACCCGGGGCUGGUGAGGGAGAGACCAGAUCCCAUUGUGUACCGCUGUAAGAAGUGCAGGCGUAUCGUGGCCAACCAGAGCAAUAUCAUACCACACAUACCUAAAGCUGUCAAGGUGGAAUUGGCUAAGAAAGGUAUUCGUCCCCCACCGAGCAAGUUAACAGGCCUGACAUGUGCGGAGAAUGGCGAGAUAUUGCUGGAAAAGCUGAAGAGCCUCGCCUCACAGAUCAUGGAGAUGCGGUGCGAUGAACAGUACGAGGACAGCAGUCCGGGCCAGAGCCAGAGUCAGAGUCAAAGCCAGAGCCAGAGCCAGCCCAGUGAUAGUGAGGAGGGAACCAGUCAGGAACACGACCCUCGGCAAGCGUUAGACGGGUACAACGAGAUGAACAUGGUGGACUCGAACAUCGCGGCGCGCGCGGACCUGCCCGAGAUCUGCCGGCUCAUGUGGUUCGUGGAGCCCAUGGCCUGGAUGCGGGACGUCACGCACGCCACGCAGGGCAAGCUGCACUGCCCCAAGUGUCUCAACAAGAUUGGAUCCUUUAGCUGGAUUAUGGGUUGCAAGUGUCCGUGCGGUCAGAAGGUAGCGCCGGCGUUCUACCUCGUGCCUUCCAAAGUGGAGUGGUCCAACAUCGUGCAGAAUGUGCAGAUCACUGUCUGAAGCCCAGUAGUGACACAGGAAUAUUGUAAUCAGUAUCAUGGAACAAAUCGAGCGACAAUCAAAUGAAAAGAGGAGAUGCAUUUAAUGGCUGUAAUAAAAUCAACAUUGCCAACACUAAGAAGAUGGUAUGACAUCUAGUAGAUACUUGAAUGGAUAAAUAGGAGUCAAUAAAAUCAAUAUUAGAUUUACUGGAUCCAUCGGGAGUGCAAACAAACUGUCAAGACGAUUCACAGUGGAGUUUAGAAUGACAUAUGUUAGGCGUGGCCUGUUGAAAAAUAAUGGUAAAACCAUCAGUUUGACCGUGUAGGGACUGACAAGAAUAUUAUAAAAUAUACAAUACGACUAGAAUAUUGCUAGAAAUGUUUUAAAACAAAGAACCAAUGUAUCCGAACUCUCGUAACAAAGAUAUACAUAAGAAACUUCAUACAUAGUAAUACUAUUGUAAUCUAUUCACACAAUUUUAUGUAGAUUGUUAUCUUUGAUCACUUACGAAUCUCGAUAUUUAUUCGCAAAACCCCAAUAGGCAAGAACUAUACUUUUGGUAUGCGUACAAACUUUAUAAUAGGUUUGGAAUCUUAAAGUGGUGAUGCUAGUAUCCUACGACCAAGUCUUGCUACCAUAUUUUUACUGGUUUCACAAAUUGAAAUUGGACUACAACUAACUAUUUGCCGACAGGAAAAUCACCUCACUAAUGUUUGUGCUGAUGUCUCUAUGUGGACAUGACUUGCAGGACUGGUGGUGCCGACCAUAGCGCCUUAACGAAAUAAGGCCCUCAUAAUAUACAUUACGCAUUUCAAAGCGACGGCGACGAUUGACAAAUUUGAGCUCAUCCAUUUUAAGAGUAGCGAAAUUGGGUGUAUUACAUUCAUCUACCUAUCUACCAGUGUAAAAAUAGGUGUGGUGUUACUUUAAGCUCAAUCUUUAGUAAGGAAAAUUAUGUAUAUUGAUAUAAUGAAUCCGAUAAGGGUAUGCAGGUGCCAUAAAUUCGUGUGCUUACUUCUUCCGUACGUAUGCCUUCCCAACAAUAAUGUUAGAACUAGUAGUUUUGGUGCUUCAAUCUAGGUAUUUAAUUUAAAAAUCUAGGUAUUAAAUUCUCCCCCUAAUCUACUUGUGUUGUAGACAUGAAUGUACUUCCAGUAGCUAUUUAUUUCAGGUAUAUCCUAUAUGAUUGUUGACUGUUGGCUUGUAUAGAAUUUAAUAUAAUAAUUAAACUAUGUUUUAAUA